GAUGGCGCCGGCGGCUCCCGCGGCGACCGCGCCAGUGUCACCCCUGUUCCCGGAGGCCCUGCUGCGGCCCCGGCGCGCUGUCCCCUGCCCGGGUCGCGGAGCCGUCGGGGGGACCCCCGGGGGGACCUCGGGAGGCGGAGAUGGACACAGUGACCUUUGAGGAUGUGGCUGUGGUCUUCUCCCUGGAGGAGUGGGCUUUGCUGGAUCCUUCUCAGAGGAACCUCUACAGGGAUGUGAUGCUGGAAACCUUCAGGAACCUGGCCUCUGUAGAUGAUGAGACUCAACUGCAAGCCAAUAGGUCAGUUUCUCAGGAGGACAUUUUUUGGAAAAACAUACCCAAAGAACAGAAAAUAGCAGGGUUCACAAAAAAUGAUUCCUGGAUCUGUGUUUUAGGAAAAAAUAUGGACAUCCAUAGAACUGAAGAUCAGCACAGACACCAAGGGGGAAAUCUGAGAAAUCAUGUGGUGGAGGGACUCUGUGAAAGUAAUGAAGGUAUUCAGUAUGAAGAAACCUUCAGCCAGAUCCCAAAUCUCAAUCUGUACGAGAGACCAACCGGAGCAAAACCAUAUGGAUGUAGUGAGUGUGGAAAAGUCUUCAUGCAUCAUUCAUCCCUUCUGGGACAUCUCAGAUCUCACACUGGACACAAACCAUAUGAGUAUCAGGAAUGUGGAAGCAAACCCUAUGAAUAUAAAAAAUGUGGGGAAAUCUUCAGUUAUCCCCAAUGUUUUCAAAGAUCUGAAAGAAAUCAUACUGAAGAGAAACCUUAUGAAUGUAAGGAAUGUGGGAAAGACUUCAUUUGUCUCUCAAAAUUUCAAAGGCACAUGAUAAGACAUACUGGAGAGAAACCCUAUAAAUGUAAACAGUGUGGUAAAGCCUUCAGUUGUCCCAGUUCCAUUCCAAGACAUGAAAGGACACACACUGGAGAGAAACCUUAUGAAUGUAAACAAUGCGGGAAAGCCUUCAGUUAUCCUCAAUCUUUUCGAAUACAUGAAAGAACUCACACUGGAAAGAAACCCUAUGAAUGUAAGUAUUGCGGGAAAGCCUUCAGUUGGCUUGAAUCCUUUCAAGGACAUGUGAGAAUGCACACUGGAGAAAAACUCUAUGAAUGUAAACAAUGUGGUAAAGCACUUAGUUGUCCCACUUCCUUUCGAAGACAUGAAAGCACUCACACUGCAGAGAAACUCUAUAAAUGUGAAAAAUGUGGGAAAGCAUUCUGUUAUUCCAAAUCCUUUCAAUGUCAUGUGAGAACUCACACUGGAGAGAAACCCUAUGAAUGUAAGCAUUGUGGGAAAGCCUUCAUUUGGCCGUCAUCUUUACAAAAACAUGUGAGAAUGCACACUGGAUAGAAAGCCUAUAAAUAUGAUAAAUAUGGAGCAUUUUGUGUUAAAACAAAUCCUUUCAAAGUUAUGUGAGAACUCACACCAGAGAGAAGCCCCGUAAAUGUAAGUUAUGUGAGAAAGCCUGAUGCACAUUAAUUCAAGUAUAUGGUCCAGAAAAUACACACCAUGAGUGAAGUCCUAUUUAAGAGUUAUAAAUUUGAUGUUGUCUUUAUCAGUGUCAUUAUUUAAGUGGACCUGUAGACUAUGAAUGCCCAAUUCUUUCUCAAAUGAACACUGAGAUUAGUAAUAAUUCUGAAAGUGCUCUUUCGAAAAGAGUACAUAAAUUUUAGUUAGGUAAUUUUUUUUCUUGUAAUUCAAUUAAUAAAACUUUUCCCAUGUUGAAGUCUGUUGGAUCCAUGGGUGAUUUGAAGUACAUUUGUAAUAUGCAAAUAGGUUUAAUUUUUAUAUAUAUUUUUUCAGUAUUCUUUAAUAAGGGGCCAUUGAAAAAUGACACCUUGGUAGUGGGAUUUUCUGAUAGACCUUGUGUAGCAGGUAAUGUCACUUAACCAUUUUAUAUUUAUACAUAUAUUUCUUCUUUCUUAUUGAGAAAACUUUUUAUUUUUUGGCCAGAAGUUUUCUUCCUCACUAAUAAAUGUUGCCAGGAAUUUUAAGUAUGCAAAGUUCAUCAAACAGUAUGAUCUCGUGUGAAUCAUUUUCAUUUUUGCCAUUUGCUGUUUGUCCUUGCAUCAGGCUGGGAUUUGGAAAAUAGCCUUUGAGUUAAGAAGUGCAACAUUUGAUAUGACGCUUAAAUCUAGAUUUGGAGAUGGCUCUCCUGGACUGGGUGUGUCAGUGUACGAAAUAUUGGAAACUACAUUUUUCAGAAUACAUUCUCUUUAUGAUUCCGUGUUAAUCUUCACCAAAAGUGUAACUUGCAGGAGAUUUGGGAGGCAGAAGCGAAGAAGUCAUUACUGAUGUUUUUGGAGCUACCACACAGGGAGACAGACAAGGAUAUAGGCAUUUUGCGGACACCAGCUUCCAGCUCAUUUUCCUCUUUCUUUGCUUUGCUUAUCAAGAGUAUCCUCAAUACCAAUGCCAACUGGUUGAUUUCCAUUUUCUCAGAGGGAUAGGCUUCCACUGACAUCUCCACAAGCUCCACAGCAAAGAUCCAUCAGCAGUUUGGUGUUUCCUGCAAGACAUUACUGGUUCACCAGCCAUUUAUUUGGACUGCCAUGUUGGGGACUGUCAGUGAUGCUCAGACUCCCCACUUCUCUAGAUUGUAUUUAUGUAAGGUCUAAUCUGUGUAAUACACAAGUUGUUCUGUUUAUACUGCUAGAGGCUAUGACAGCUGCAAUAGUGCAGCCAAAAAAAAAAACAACAACAACAACGCUUAUAGGAAUUCAUUUCUCUACAUCAUUGUGGA